AUGGCCGACUCAACUCAUACUCGCCAGCGCCCCUCGCUGGGCCAGAUGCGCAGCAAUUCCUUCCUCCAGGACCAUCAACAGUAUAAGCCACCGGUCCCGCUCGCCAUCAAUCAGAACAUCGGCGAGGUCCUGGGUGCACAGUUGGACGACAGUCUGUCGACCCUGACCAAUCCGAUCAAGCCGGACCCAGAGCGUGUCACCGACAGCGGCGUCAUUCACAGCAUCUUCAACCACAACGGAAACGCCUUGCCGGAGGGCACCGCGCGUAUCGUAGCGACCAUCUUCUACAAGUCCUCCAAUCCCGUUCACCCCCACUUCCACCCCGAUGUCUCGCCCAGCCUGAUCCCUGGAGACAAGCUCCCCGCGCCGCAUGUUCCUGAGGGGUCUGCGCCGACCGACGAUAUUGAAAAGAUCCCCCGCGAGCCGCCGGCACCCGAGCCCGAGCCCUUGGAUCAUCUGUACGGACCGUUCGUCUCGCAGCUCUGCUUGACCAACUUCCUCCAGAUCCUCGAAUCCCUGCCAACCCCGUAUCAGCGUACAAACACCUCGCACCGCUGUCUGGAUCGCCAGUUGCAUCCCCGCGUCGUGGAGGUCACGUUCUCCCCGCCACCGGACCCAGCAUACCUGUCAUUCGAUGACCUACGUAAGCACGAGAGUAUCUGGCGAUUUGAGCGUGAGUGGAACGUCGAGGUGGUCCUGCAGCAGGAGAGCGUGUUCCGCCGACAUAAGCGUCUUGCCAUUUUUGACAUGGACAGCACCCUUAUUAACAACGAAUGCAUUGAUGAAAUUGCCAAGUUCAUUGGGGUGGAAAAACAGGUUUCCGAUAUUACCGAGCGGGCCAUGAAUGGAGAGCUGGAUUUCUCCGCAUCGCUCCGCGAGCGUGUCGGCUUACUUAAGGGCGUUCCGGCUGAUGUGUUCGACAAGCUCAAGUCUGUCUUGACGAUUGCGAACGGUGCGCGAGAACUUUGCCGUGCCUUGAAAUCCCUCGGUUUCAAGAUGGCUGUUCUCAGUGGUGGUUUCCAGCCUUUGGCGGAAUGGCUUGCUGAGCAACUUGGGAUUGACAUCGCUGUUGCCAACCACCUCGAGAUUGACCCCGAAACUCAGACCUUGACUGGUAAAUUGGUCCCGAACAAGCCGAUUAUUGACGCUGCUCAGAAGCGCGCUCUGCUGAAGUCCAUCGCUGCGGAGCACAACAUUCCCCUCUCCCAGACCAUGGCUGUGGGCGAUGGCGCCAAUGACCUUCUGAUGCUUCAUACUGCUGGCCUAGGUGUUGCCUGGCGCGCCAAGUCUAAGGUUCAGCUUGAAGCUCCCACUCGCAUCAACGGUGAGAGCUUGGUUGAUAUUCUCUACUUGCUCGGUCUUGACAGCGAUGACAUUGCUGAGCUGUCCUCGGACAAGAAAUGA